UUUUACUCUUAUUUUUCUAUUCAAUGGCUGAGUACACUCCGUACAACGCACCGCUCAACCCGGCGAGCUUCUCCACUCUGGCCUUCAUCCUGAUUGUCAUCGGACUGAUCUUUGCCGGAACGUUCUUUGUGCAGCAAGUAACCACAUCCAAGCAAAACCGUAACCUGGUGCAGGAAUUGUCGGGCGCCGGCUUGGCUUCUGUCUUUCUCGGUUUUGGCACGCUCUUCCUCCUGCUAACAGUCGGCAUCUAUGUCUAACAUCCAACGAAAACACGAUUGAGACACGAUUGUGGCGAGCGGUGGACGCCCCUCUUUGUUGACGACCGCAAAGGCCACAACACCAACAAAAAAAAAACAAACAAAAGAUUCAAUGAUAAACAGCUAUUCAGUAUUUCUCAAUACACUUAACAAAAAACAUUACAAAAGUAACA